AUGGGUGAAUUACCAACUUAAUUGUCUAUAGACAUGGCGCAUGCGCAUCAGUAAAAAGUAGCGUGUUUUACCAUCACCAGUAAUUCACAUACAGUCGUUAGUAUUGGUUGGUAUAUAUUCUGUACAACUCACGGAGGUGAAACAGUAUCAAGAAGCCAAAUAACUAAUAUGAAUUCAAGUGAGACUAGUAAAUUAUGGAAAGCAAACAGCAACGGCUAUAACCGACAAAACCAAGAUACCUCUGAAUGUGAAAUUUUGGAGAAUUGCGAACUGCUGAUAACACAGCUUCAAACCAAUGUUAAGAAUCCAUUCAACAUUACGGACACAGUUUCCUAUAAUGUGGGGAUUUCUCGGUGGGGAGCAGGCCCACUAAGGUUCAGAAAAGGAAACUUCGCGCCGGUGUUCACCCCGGGAUUGAUAUUGAUUGAGAACACGCGGGACUAGUCAGUCGGGUAGUCAGAAACAGAACGUACGUCGAGCAGAAGACCGAUUGCUGAGAAAAAUAAAAAAAGAGAUGCCUCCUGAGUGCGAAGAAAUCGAGAUUCGUGAUAUAUUGGAAAAGAACGACCACAUUGAACAGGCUGUUCCGACGAAGUUAUCCGCGCUAUGCGGUCACCGCGCAAUGGUGAGUAAGUUCUGGUGCCAUGAGAUUGGGCGUAGGUGGAGGCAAGUGGCUAAGCAGGAGCCGCAAGCACGUGUGUUCUCCGAACCAAAGUGUAAGUCGUACGUGGACAUCUGGUAUCUGUACUACCGCUGGAUCGUCUUCCUCAUCUGGACCGUCUUCGUCGUGUGUUCGAUAUUUGAAUUCGGCAGCUACAAGCCGCUGAUGCAGCACGAAAAAUGGCCAAUCUAUCUGACCAACUGGGACAUAGUGUUGGGAUUUACACAAGCGUUGAUUGGCGGUAUUCUCGUGUCGAAGCGAUGGCGAUUGCAGAAGUUACCUGGCUUCGAUCCUUGUGGUCUCAAAUUGGAAUUCACCGAACAACUAUAUUGGUUUCUAUACGUUGUCACGACCAACAUAGCAAUCGGCGUAACAGUGUGCUACUGGUUCGCUGUAUACAAUCCAGAAAUACAUCAGGUGGACCCUCUCAAUAUCAUGAUGCAUGUGUGCAACAGCGUGUUGAUGGUGAUUGAUUUAUUCGUCACCAGUAUACCGUUUCGUCUACAGCACUUCUGGUGGUGCCUAUCGAUCGCCUUUUUUUACGUAAUCUUUACUAUAAUUUAUUAUUUUGCUGGAGGUCUCGACAAAUAUGGCUGCCAUUAUAUUUACAAAGUCAUCGAUUGGAAGAGACCGAUGCGGACGUCGCUCGUUUGUAUUGGCGGUUUGACGUUCGUGACGGUGCUACAUUGUGUCCAUUGUAUGCUGGCGAACAUCAGAGACCGAAUCUAUCGCAAGACUGCCGAGAAAUUCAGUAAACCUGUGCAGAUGAACACAACAGAUAAACCGUUUCCAGAGAAACGAACAGAAGUAGUCUAAUCGAUAAAAAUUAUAUAGAAAUGUUUGUUUUCAUCAGUCUAAUAUCCUUCUGGCAUAUAUGGCUCUGAAACAUUGAAACAGUAUGAUAUUUAAUAAGACAAGGCAAUGUAUCUUUUUGAUAUGAUUGCGCCUGUGAAUACAAUCCUUUUCUAGUAAGUGAGCUUUCUGUGGUCAUUUAACUUGUUUAUAAAAAUGAUAAAGUAUUAAUAGGAUAUUAAUAUACAAACGGGAGUAGAUGAUUUCUCAUAUGACUCCGAUCUUCAUCUUUAGUAAUAUUUCUAGCAAACUAGAAAGAAAAUUAAUGAUUAUUGAUAAUAGUAUCAAUAUACCAAUUACAAAGUCAUUCCGAGAAUUUAGAUAUUUUAUGAAAAAUUACUUUUAUUUAGUGGAAUUUAUGUAAUACUGUAGCAGCCUGACAAUAUUUGUGAAUACUUUAAUUUGGUUUAUUAUAACUGUGAUUGUCCGAACGCGUGCAAUUGUUUGUCAUUUAUGUAGAAAUUAAGUUUACAUAUCUCUUCUUUCGUUUUUUUUUUAAGGGGACAUAUACGUUUGGAAUUACAAAAAAGGCAUUUUUCAUAAAUUUUUUUAGAGCCAAGAGACAAACUAUAAAACUGGGACUUUUUGCAUAAUAAAGUACACCUUUUGUAAUUCUCAUACAAAUUUUAUUACAAUGAUUUUGUAUCCAUCCAUUUUGUAAAAAGGAAAUGUGUACCAUUCUAUUGUUACCGCUUUUCCGCGAUACUGAUUGAUUCUCUCACUGUAUUUCGUAUUGCGAGAGUAACUAUCAUUGUUAUUAAAUUUUAACAGCUGUAUAGAUGGUUAUCUAUACAAUUAUCAUUGUAGUUUAUUUUUAAAAAGUAAAAAAUAAAAGGUUAAAUAGCGCGCAUCUAUGUAAGAAUUACAAAAGGUGUACUUUAUAAUGUAAAAAGUCCUAUUAUAGUUUGUCCCUUGGCUCUGUAAAAAAUUCAUGAAAAAUGCCUUUUUUAUAGCUCCAAACGUAUAUGUCUCCUUAAACAGUUGAAAAUUUUACUAAUGACGAAUUCGGUUGGAUUGCACCAGUGCGCCCUCGUUUAGUGCAGUUUAGUUCUUCCCAUUCUAAAUACAAACCAACAGAAUACGAAACACUGAACGAGGGCGCACUAGUGCGCGCUGGUGCACCUAACCGAAUUCGCCAUAAGAAAAACAAACAGUACUCACACAAACAUUCCAUUAUAUUUAAAUUAAGCGAAUCAGUAUUCUUAUUUUGUAUCUAGUGUGACAUUACUUAUCUACAUUUUUGUAAAUUAGAAAACGUUGAACGCAUUUUUAUAUUUAAAUAAAAAAGUUAUCACAUAUUUUGUUUUUCACAUUUUUGAAUUCAUUUCAGAUUACAUGCAAAUGUCAUGUAUAUUUAAGAUAUAUACAUUUUCUUUAGCAUUAGCUAAUAUUCUUACUAACAUUAAUCACAGAAUCAACGUUGUAAAUUUUUUUAUACUUAUCAAAAUUCGGAAUUUAUAAUAAUUUUAUGUUUGUUAUCUUUAGAUUAAAAAAUUUGAUACAAAGAAUUAUUAAAUAAAACACUAAACGAAGAUAUAAAAAAAAGCAAAAUGCUUACAUAAGGAUGUACAUACAAUCUAGAGCGACAUUAAUGUAUUGUAAUUUAAUUUAAGAAAGAUUUAUUAAUAUGUAGAGCUCAAUGUUCGGUGUGUUUUCAUACGAUAGUUCCUAUUUAAACUAUUUUGUACUAUUGAUGCAUCUGUGUGCUGUAUGAUUGUAUGUGCAGCCAAAUUAUUGCAGCAAAUAAAAAUCUUUUCUAUUACAGAUAAAAUGUAAAUUACGCAUAUCAUAAGAUAAAGCUGUAGUGUAAAAUAAUUAAGAAUUUGCAUGUGUUUCUA